CUGUGUCCCUCGGACACAGCUAUCACCGAUCACGGAAAGAGCCGGCUCGCUGUCACGCUGACAGCUCGAGAGGAGAGGAGAGCCGGUAAUCGGCUUUCCACGGAGGGGACAUGUACACUGAUCAUCAGGGCACUGAUGAUCAGUGUGCCCUGAUGAUCAGUGUAGCCCCAGCAGUGCCAGCUGUCAGUGUCCAUCAGUGCCACAUCAAUGCCACAUAUCAGUGCCCAUCUGAGCUGCCUUUCAGUGUCACCCAUCAGUGCCAGUCAGUGCCACCUAUCAGUGCUGCCAAUCAGUGCCACCUAUUAGUGCCAUGUAUCAGUGCUGCCUUUCAGUGCCCAUCAGUG